GCUAACUAAACUGCUCUGGUGCUGCUUGCUGCGGCUUUUGUGUAACAAAACCUCUCUCUUUAGCUUCAUCGCUCGCGUACCAUUUUCGUGCUACGGUGCUACCCUACUUCGAUUGAGACGUCGUCGCGGUGCGUUUUUCCUCGCUUCCUAAAUGCAAAUUUAUUGUGCGGAGUGCGGCGGAGAAAAUUAGUUGUUUUUGCUUUUACGGUGUGUGACCGAAGAAAUUCUUGGUGUAAGGUGAUUUGAAAUAGCUAUACGCCGUGAUGUCCAAAAUGUGCAGUUUAACAGAUUGAAUUUAUCAGGAGAAAUCAAAAGAAUCUGUAGGCUGGGAUUUUUUUUCAUUUUUGCUCUGAUUGGAUAAAGUUUACGGAACAAACGGAAAGAAGAAAUAGAAGAACAGUAAAAGGCUUCAUUUAGCUGGCACGUAUUUCGUAAAAUUAUAUGGAAACAGAAUAAUAGUUCGAGUAGCUGAGCUGAUUGGAGAAACAACUGCGUCAGUCUAAGCCGGAAACAGAAAAAAAACUUCCUGUCUUGGAUAUAUUCUGCAAAAUCUACCGAAACCUGCGAGAUUCGCUCACAGUACGAUGGUAUGUUCCGAAGCCAACGAAGCACAGUGCGUCAUCAAGGACCCACGUCCUGAGUCCGACCAGAAAAGAUUCAUCAUCAAGGUACGAUCGCACUAUACGGUGGCUCAGCUGUACGACGAUGUAAGAUUGCAAACCAUUUUUCCCGACUUUGAGCUCGUGCUCCCGAUCGGCCAGGACACAUCCACCACGGACGGGAUUACUUUGCACGAUAAAAAAUACAGAAAAUUAAUAGAUGUAGGAAUAAAGUUUGGAGAACGAAACAACCUGAUCAUCAUACCCAGAGUAGAAGAUUAUUCAUCUGCGGACAUAACAGUUGAGACGGAGAUGUCUGACGAUGAUUUGGUUCUAGGAGCGUCAGCGAGUCCAACAGAAUCAGCAAAUUAUAACAUACCUGCACCGCCACCGCUUCCAGCGCCAUUAGAACCGACGAUGCCGCUGUUAGAUACACAAAGUUCAAUGUCACAAUCGCGGCUACGUCGCUACAACGGGGAAAAUUCGCAAUAUGUGGCGCACAACUAUCGCGGUUUGGUAAACCAAGCUAUGACCUGCUACCUGAACAGUCUCCUGCAGGCACUUUUUAUGACUCCGGAAUUUCGCAAUGCGUUAUACAAUUGGGAGUUUGAUGGAGAGGACGAGGGAAAAUCCAUCCCCUAUCAGUUGCAAAAGUUGUUCGUGAAUUUGCAAACCUCUCCAAAAUCGGCCGUAGAAACGACAGAUCUGACGCGCAGUUUCGGAUGGGAUUCAGCCGAGGGUUGGCAACAGCAUGACAUACAGGAGCUGUGCCGCGUCAUGUUCGAUGCUUUAGAGCGAAAAUUCAAAAAUACCAAACAAGCGGACCUAAUCAACCGCCUGUAUGAGGGAAGAAUGAUCGACUAUGUCAAAUGCUUGGAAUGCAACACCGACAAGCAGCGCGAGGAUAAAUUCCUCGAUAUUCCACUACCGGUGCGACCGUUUGGAAGCACUGUGGCAUACGAAAAUAUUGAAGAUGCUUUACGAGCUUUUGUCCAGCCAGAAAUACUGGACGGUAACAACCAGUAUCACUGUGAAACUUGCAACAAAAAGUGCGAUGCUCAUAAGGGGCUGAAGUUUACCAAGUUUCCUUAUAUUUUAACUUUGCAUCUCAAGCGGUUUGAUUUUGAUUAUCAAACGUUCCAUAGGAUCAAACUGAAUGAUAAAGUUACCUUCCCACAGUCAUUGAACCUGAACAACUUUAUCAAUGCAAUACCGACCCAUGGUGGGGAGAAGUGCACAUCUGUAGCAGUAGAUACCGCUAAUGGGAAUGGUAUGGUGCCUCCGAUGCAAAUGGAAACAGCUGAAAAUUUCAUGAAAACUUACGACGAAUGCAGCACAACCGACAGUGGCUCUGCUCUAGAGGAGGAUUCUUCCUUCCAAAACGGCACCUCUGUUUCGUCCACAACAACCACUCCAAAUGACCACUUCAUGAAUCAGGAUGAUGACGAAGGCAUCGAUAUGGACUUGAAUGGAGAUAGUAAGUCACCAUCAGCAAGCAACUUCAACGCACCAGGACCGUACGUCUAUGAGCUGUUCGCUAUCAUGAUCCACUCCGGAAGCGCUUCCGGAGGACACUAUUACGCGUACAUAAAAGAUUUCCAAAGCUCCAAAUGGUACUCGUUUAAUGAUCAAACUGUGUCAUCGAUUACCCACGAUGAUAUUCAAAAAUCGUUUGGCGGUGGUGCUUCGAAGGCAUAUUACUCCGGUGCAUACAGUUCAAGUACGAAUGCCUACAUGCUGAUGUAUCGGCAGAUUGAUUCGUCCAAAAACAAAACCCCUAUCCAGGAGGAAGAAUUUCCCGAUCACAUAAAGAGUUUAAUGUCGAAAAUCAGAGAAUCAGAGGCUAGUCGCAGUAAGAUUGACACGGACGGAUUACAGGUCAAAGUUUAUUUUGACAAUCCUAAAACGCGAAUGCUUAAACACUAUAAAAUGUAUCUGCUGAACGAUAGCACACUAGCCGAAACACUAAAGGAAGCUUAUCGAGUACUGAAGGUGAAGGGAAUCGUUCCCAUUGAGCGCUGCCGAUUGGUGGCUUACGAUCAUCAAACGGAAGUUAUUGAAAAGAGUUUUGAAGGCCGGGAUGAAGAAACGAUCGAUGAUAUUAUGAAGCAUCUGCAGAACAGUAGUGAACUUCUGCUGGAAACCCGCGCGGAACAUGAAGUUUUCGAACCCUACCUUCCGCAGGGUACCAUGACUAAGGUCUACAAGUUGGACCUUGCAACGCAAGAUGUAGACGGACCGAUCACGGUACGAGUUAGCAAGAAGCAAACUGUCCAAGACUACAAAAAUAUAAUUGCUCGUAAACUGCAACUGAAUGCGGCUAACAUUCUUCUGGCAAUAAACGAAUACAAGAAUGGCGCAAAACUUCUCACAAAUAACGCAGCCACCCUGGGAGAGGAAGGAUUCAUUCAGUAUUGCAAGGUGUUCGUUACGGUCAACAAUACGGAUGAUUCAGAUUUUGUCACGAAAUUCAAAGAAUUUGCAAAUCGGCUGGAUCAUGUAAUUUGCUUAUUCUUUAUUCUACCAAAUAUGGAUGCAGAAACAUUGAAGAAUCUGGCAAUUCCUCGGUUUGUUGCCAAGCCUCUUCCAAGUGCGACACUCAACCGAUCAACUGUACAGGAUGUGACGAUGGCGACUGUCAACAACGACAGUAACAGUGAGGACAGCAGUCUUAGUGAUAAUGAUCGAACUCUGGUGGAUGACGAUCUGGUACACACUCAGUUGAAUGGAAAUGUUAGCAAUUUGCAUUUCACCAACGGCAUCAGUACUAAUGGGUUUGCUGGUAACGGUACUGAUGUCGAGGACGACGACGAAGAAGAGUCAUAUUUGGCAGAAUGCCGAAACAAUAGCUACUUUAAGGUCAGUCCAGUUGAGUAUCACAAUCAAAACGCCGAUUCGGGUGCCGAAGAUGACAGUAGUAAUAGCAGUGAUAAUGAGAAAGUUAUAAAGGUUUUAAUCGACAAACGAUCAAGUCAUGGAUACCUGAAAUAUAGGCUGCAAUCCUAUCUGCAUAUACCGAUGGAGUAUUUCAAGCUGUUUAAAAACUCCGGUGUUAGUCAACAGGAGAUCACGUUGCUGAAGGAAGAGUUAAAUGCGUACAAUGACGGCGCUCGUCUUACAAUCGAGCUAGGCCGAGUUUUACGCAAAGGUGAAUACAAAAUAAACCUAUACUAUUUCAACGUGAACGAUUUGACGGAUGAUUGUGAGAGACUACCUUUUCUCUGCAAUUGGUUUGUUCGCAAUGGCGAAAUUAUUGGACAGGUAAAGCGAGAUAUCUUGGCUCAUCUGGCUUCCAUCGAUAACAAAUACAGUACGCUUACCUUCGAUCGAUGCCGAUUGCGUAAGAAGAGUUGGAAGACCAUCUCUAAGGUGUACACCGAUGAUCAAAAGAUAGGCGACGAUGUGACGCUCACCAGCACUUCCGAUAUGGCUUUGCAAGAAGUUGACGAUCUUACAAGCUGUACACCCACCCACUACAAUGAUCUUGUGAUUCUAGUUCGAAGAUGGUGCCCAUCCGAAAUGAAACUAGACAAAAUUCAAGAAAUCCUUUUCGCUAAUAAAUCCGAACUGAAAAACCUGCUCUCAGAGCUGAGUGGAAUUCCUGAGGAAAACCUCGAGUACGUCAAACUGCAGAUGCGUGAUUCCGUCUCUCUGCUGCAGAUCCAUAAUGUCCUGAAGUGGUCUUCUGUCCCGGUGAGGGCCUGUGACAUUGGCCAUCAUAGCUUCCAGGACGGUAAUCUGAUCUACUACAGAGACAAAACGGAAGCCCUGAUGGAACUGACAGGCAAGGAGCGCAAGGAGCUUACGGAAAAGGACUUCCGCAGCAGUAGCACCUACUCGCCGCGGCGGGAGCGUGCUCUUAAAAUUUACGUGGACGCCUCUCCGAAGAAGGCCGACGACUGAUUGCAGCUGCCAGAAUGCAGCGAUGCUAAGCGGCGCAAGUGUUGCAUCUGAUUAAAAGGGAGAAGCAGAAGCCUGAGCCAGUAGGAAAGUGAUGUAUGGCAAUCGCAGCAAAAGCCGCUUUCAAACAAAUGGUAAUUUAAGCUUGCCGCACUCGCCAGUAAGUUGGAUUUUGUAUCUACUGUGUCCAGAUUUGUAUAAAACAAUUCACUGUGAGAGUCAACCGGGAAGCUCACCUGUCCAAUAUAAGCUAACUAUAUAAGCCCACUAUUUGUGACAAAUGAACAGGUUUCCUUUUGACGGUUAUUUGUUCUUCUUCUGUUGUCUUUGUUUAAGAAGAGAAACUUUUUUAUAGUUAAGUUGAUUCUAUAUUUUUGUUGAAUGAUGUGCGGGCAUGUUUCGAUUGUAUCCUUUAGUAUUUUCACUGUUGCACAAAGUUAUCAUAGCUCGCAAUAUUUCUUUACUUGUCAACUUUUCACAUUAAUUUGGGAGCCAGUUGCUGAUAAGCUAUGGAAAUUUCCUGUUAAAAUUAAAGGACCUGUAACUGUGCAUAGGCUUAAAUAAAAUAUUUAUUUAUAUUAUAGUAUUGUCUACGUUUACGAUAAGAAUUGUCCUGUUUUAAUGCGGUCAUAUCUCAUAACAUGAUUCAAUAGCAAAGAUUUAUACAUUAAAUUAUCAUAUUCAUAUCUGCAUCUUUUCACAUGUGAUGGUCUCCCUUCAUGACUUACCUGAUUGUUCGACAAGCUAGCCCCGUGUUCUCGUUCUGCUUCUGUCAUUUUUCAGUUGAUUUUUUUUUGCAAAUACCUAUAUUGAUUUUUUUUUCUAAAUCGAGGAAGCAUGC